AUGAAGCUCUUAACUUUGUUCUUCUCCGUGACAAUUGCAACAUCAACGUUGAUUCUUGCUCAAGACUGUACAAUGGAAGAACUUGCAAAAAUUUCAAGUAUUUAUGGUACAGCUGUUGGUGACUCAUGUCCGGAGAUGACAACAACCACCGAUAAUGCUGACUAUUGCUCGGACGAAGACUGUGUCAAUUUCAUGUCGGAUAUGCUCAAAGAGCUUCCAAAUUGUACAACUAGUGGCAUUAAUGUUAAGGAACGCGUUCAGACUGUUGUAGAAUCGUGCGAUACCGGAUUAUCCAUAUCGGACGUUUCCAGCUCCUCGUCCUCGUCGUCAGGCUCGGCCUUCCCAACACUUGACACGACUUCGAAAGAUCGAGUCACUAAUGAUACGACUUCGUCGUCAAUGGAUGGCUCGUUAAGCUCGUCGUCAGUAUCGUCAUUUGGCUUUGCCAUUUCUAGCAUUGUUUUCGCAGCAAUAGCUUUAUUUACUGGACUAUAA